AUGGGUGCAAAUGGAGCUGAUAAUACCUUUAAUCAAAACUACUUUGCUUUGUGGGGGUUAAAUCAUUUCACCCUACUUAAUCAAGGAAGUGAAGUGCAACUUCUAUUGGAUAAGUCCUCAGGUCUCUCUCUCUCUCUCACUCUCAUACACGCGCGCACGCGUAUGUGUGCGAUCCGGAUUCAGGUCCAAGUUGGUCUGACCUCGGCCCCAGAUUUUAAAGAUCAAAAGCUUCAUGAUGAGAUUGACUUCGAGUUUCUGGGCACCAAUGGUACAUUACAAACAAAUGUGUUUGCUAAUGAUGAUGGGCAUAGAGAGCAAAAGUUUCAGCUCUGGUUUGAUCCUACAAAGGAUUUUCACACUUACGAAAUUCUCUGGAACCAAUACCAAAUAGUGUUCUUCGUGGACAAAAUACCCAUCAGAGUGUUCAAGAACAACACAGCACUUGGUGUGAACUACCCAUCAAAUCCAAUGCAAAUAGAGGCAAGCAUAUGGAAGGCGGAUUGGGCAGGACAGGUUAACUGGAGUCAAGCACCAUUCAUUGCUCACUACCAAUACUUCAACAUAGAUGGCUGCCCAACCCAGCAAAAGUCAAUCUCUCAGCAGUGUUAUUCUCUCCAGUAUGAGUGGAACAAGAGAGAGCACUGGGAACUCAGCCCUGUUCAGAAACAACAGUACGAACAAGUUAGAAAAGCACAUCUGGUCUAUGACUACUGUUCUGACAAAUCGAAGAAUCACCCAGAAUGCCCGAGUAAUAAAUAG